AUGUCCGCCGACGCCGCCACCCAGGCCGACCUGGCCAAGUACGACCUCACCCAAAAACUCAUCCCCCAGCUCGACCGUCACCUUGCUAUCCCCCUUAUCGACCACCUCUCCGAGACCAAGGUGUUCCCUGCCGCUCAGGUGACCAAGGCCCAGUAUGACCUCGUUAAGGGAACCAACAUGGUCGACUACGUCGAGCAGCUGUACGAGCAGGCCAAGGCUGAGGGCGUUGCUGUUGAGCAGACCGACUUCCAGAAGCUCCGUGACGAGGCUACCGCGCGUUACAAGAGCCUUCAGGACGCCGCCCAGCCUAUCAUGAAGGUUAUCGAGGACCCCGAGGCCGUCGCGAAGCUCAAGGGUGGAAUGGACAAGGAGAAGAACGUCGAGCUGCUGAGGACGGAUUACAACAUCUCGCUCGAGCAGAUCAACGCGCUCUACCACUUCGGACAGUACCAGUACUCGCUUGGUGCUUACGGUGACGCCGCCAACUUCCUCUACCACUUCCUCAUCUUCUCGCCUACCCAGGAGCUCAACAUCUCGGCCCACUGGGGAAAGCUCGCCUCGAACAUUCUCACUGGUGAAUGGGAGGCUGCCCUCGUCGAGGUCAAGGACCUCCGUGACCUCAUCGACAACCCCCAGACCGCUGCUCAGGCCAAGCCUCUGAACCAGCUCCAGGCCCGCACCUGGCUGCUUCACUGGUCAUUGUUCGUCUUCUUCAACCUCGGCGAUGCCCAGGGUUGCCAGGGACUGCUCGACAUGUUCCUGUCGCCUGCCUACCUCAACACCAUCCAGACCUCUUGCCCCCACCUCCUCCGCUACCUCGUCGCUGCCGCCAUCAUCUCGCGACGUGCCCCCAAGCCUGCCGGCUCUCGUUCGAACCGCGACCACGUCAAGGACCUGACUCGCAUUGUCCAGAUGGAGGAGUACCAGUACUCUGACCCCGUCACCGCCUUCCUGAAGGACCUCUUCUGCGACUUUGACUUUGAGCGGGCCCAGCAGCGCCUCGCUGUCGCCGAGCAGGUCGUCCAGAAGGACUUCUUCCUGUCCGGCUUCGCCGCCGACUUUGUUGAGAACGCGCGCUGGCUGAUUUCUGAGAUCUUCUGCCGCAUCCACCAGCGCAUCGACAUCAGCGACCUGUCCAAGACGCUGAACCUGUCAUACGAGGAGGGAGAGAAGUGGAUCGUCAACCUCAUCCGUGACUCGCGCAUGGGUGUCGACGCCAAGAUCGACCUGAAGUCGAACAUGCUCUACAUCUCGCGACCGCAAUCGACGCCCACGACCACGCUGAUUGAGGCUACCCGUGGUCUUGCGUUCCGGUCGCAGGCUGUUCAGGUUGCCAUGCAGAACACUGCGGAGCAGCGUUCAGGAGAGCGUGGCGGACGUGGCCAGGGUGGCGAGCGCCGGGGUCGUGGAGGAAGGACGGGAGGCCAGACGCGGCCUAACGCUGGUCAGCAGGGAGCAGCACCUGCUACGCAGACCGAGGGUGAUGUCGCUGCCUAG